GCAUUCUCGUCCACGAUUUCUUUCACACAGACUGUCGUUUCUUGCGCUUGAUCGCAAAUUUCUAUCUAAUUAUACUACCACAAGACAGUCAUGUUGUUGCAAGAUAUUUGUUUGCUGGGCUUGCUGAUGGUAGCGCGUGUCAGCGCCGAUAAGCACCGCCUUUGCGCCUGCAUUAGCGACCAGGGUCUUGUUGGCGUCCAAAUCGACGACGAUGCAACAAAGGCUGUUGUUAAUGCAUAUGAUGGACGAUUCGUUUAUGCUGGAGGCAAUUGGUUUUCUGAUGAACUUCACGGUGCACCGUACAGCGGCCCUUACUGGCAUGCGAUAGAGGGGACAGUCAACGGUGCCACGGAUGACGGAUGGGUUGGGGGUGAUGAGGCACAUGGGCUUUGCAAGAAGCAAAACUGCGACAGUGCAUGCUUUUCUCCGGGGGAUUCCUUCAACUGGCAGGGCUGCGGGCCAAAUGACGAGUGCUUUACUUCCAAAGCGAAGAAGACUGAUAAGUUUGGCAACCCUGUGUAG